AAACUAUCUUCACUGACCUGCAACGUUUACAAUCAAAAUUCAUUUAUACGUUCGUCUUGAUUUUGACCUUUCUUUAUAGAUUUAUAUAAAUUAAAGUGUGCAAUUUUUCUUUGAUAAACUUGUGGAUAAUUUACUAGUUUUUGUGUUGUUUUGCUAUAUUUAAGAGCUGUUGAGGCGAUGACCACCUACGAGGAGUUCAUCCAGCAGAACGAGGACCGCGACGGGGUGCGGCUGACGUGGAAUGUGUGGCCCUCGAGCCGCAUCGACGCGAGUCGCUUGGUGGUGCCCCUCGCCUGUCUCUAUCAGCCAUUGAAGGAGCGCCCUGACCUGCCUCCCAUCCAAUAUGAGCCUGUGCUGUGCACCCGGAGCAAUUGCAGGGCGAUCCUCAAUCCACUGUGCCAGGUGGACUAUCGGGCAAAGUUGUGGGUUUGCAACUUCUGUUUCCAGCGGAAUCCGUUCCCCCCUCAAUAUGCAGCCAUUUCCGAGCAGCACCAGCCCGCAGAGUUGAUUCCUGGCUUCAGUACCAUCGAGUACACCAUUACUCGGGCUCCCACCAUGCCGCCCGUGUUUGUUUUCCUGGUAGACACCUGCAUGGAUGAGGAAGAAUUGGACGCACUGAAAGACUCGUUGCAAAUGUCCCUGAGUCUACUGCCGCCGAACGCCCUGGUUGGUUUGAUUACCUUCGGCAAGAUGAUCCAGGUGCACGAGCUAGGCGCCGAGGGAUGCUCCAAAAGCUAUGUGUUUCGCGGGACCAAGGAUCUGACCGCGAAGCAGGUGCAGGAUAUGCUCGGUAUUGGACGUGGAGCGGCUCCGGGGCCGCAACAGCAGCAGCAGAUACCUGGCCAGCCGGCUGGAGCUGCGGCCCCAGUGCCGCCCGCGCACCGCUUUCUGCAGCCAAUCGGCCAGUGCGACGCUGCAUUGGGCGAUUUGCUCAGCGAGCUGCAACGCGAUCCCUGGCCGGUGCCCCAGGGCAAACGCUACCUGCGCUCCACUGGCGCCGCUUUGUCCAUUGCAGUGGGUCUGCUAGAGUGCACCUACCCGAAUACGGGAGGACGCAUCAUGACCUUUGUGGGUGGACCUUGCUCCCAGGGCCCCGGUCAGGUGGUCGACGAUGAGCUUAAGCACCCGAUUCGAUCGCACCACGACAUCCAUAAGGACAACGUCCGUUUCAUGAAGAAGGCAAUCAAGCAUUUCGAUGCCUUAGCUUUGAGGGCCGCCACCAAUGGGCACAGCGUUGAUAUAUACUCUUGUGCCCUGGAUCAAACAGGCCUAUUGGAGAUGAAGCAGUUGUGCAACUCCACUGGAGGACACAUGGUCAUGGGCGAUUCGUUUAACUCGUCGCUCUUUAAGCAAACAUUCCAGCGUGUGUUUGCGCGCGAUGGUCGCAACGAUCUAAAGAUGGCCUUUAAUGCCACGCUAGAGGUGAAGUGCUCGCGCGAGCUGAAGAUCUCCGGUGGGAUCGGCUCGUGUGUGUCGCUGAAUGUGAAAAGCCCGUCGGUGUCGGAUGUGGAGAUCGGCAUGGGCAAUACGGUCCAGUGGAAGCUGUGCACCCUGAACCCCAGCUCCACGGUGGCCUACUUCUUUGAGGUGGUUAACCAGCAUGCAGCGCCCAUUCCGCAGGGCGGGCGCGGCUGUAUACAGUUCAUAACGCAGUAUCAGCAUCCGAGCGGCCAGCGGCGCAUCAGAGUCACCACCCUGGCCAGAAAUUGGGCGGAUGCCACGUCCAAUGUCCACCAUAUCAGCGCCGGGUUUGACCAGGAGGCUGCCGCUGUACUGAUGGCCCGCAUGGUUGUCUAUCGUGCGGAGACGGACGAGGGGCCUGAUAUUCUGCGCUGGGUUGAUCGUCAGCUCAUCCGCUUGUGCCAAAAGUUCGGCGAGUACUCGAAGGAUGAUCCCAACAGCUUCCGCCUGUCGCAGAACUUCAGCCUGUUCCCGCAGUUCAUGUACCAUUUGCGCCGUUCGCAGUUCCUGCAGGUCUUCAACAACUCGCCCGACGAGACCACAUUCUACCGACACAUGCUGAUGCGCGAGGACCUCACCCAGUCGCUUAUUAUGAUCCAGCCGAUACUCUACAGCUACUCGUUCAACGGCCCACCAGAGCCCGUGCUUCUCGACACAGCCUCGAUCCAGGCUGAUCGCAUCCUUUUGAUGGAUACAUUUUUCCAGAUCCUGAUUUAUCACGGCGAGACCAUCGCCCAAUGGCGUGCACUCAAAUACCAGGACAUGCCAGAGUAUGAGAACUUUAAGCAGCUGCUGCAAGCGCCGGUCGACGAUGCCCAAGAGAUUUUGCAGACGCGCUUCCCCAUGCCCCGAUACAUCGACACCGAGCACGGUGGAUCCCAGGCGCGCUUCUUGCUGUCCAAGGUCAAUCCCUCGCAAACGCACAACAACAUGUACGCCUACGGGCAGCCGUCCGUUGGUCAUGUCACGGAUGGUGGUGCUCCCGUUCUCACGGAUGACGUGUCGCUGCAGCUGUUCAUGGAGCACCUCAAGAAGCUGGCCGUUUCCACUACAACAUAAAUAUGAUACAGGACAGGAUCUGGGCGACCGUCCGCGAACUCCUGGAAUUCUCGGCAAUGCAAUUACAGAUACAACAUAUACCCCUCUUAUUCCACUUGAUCGUCUGAAAACAAUAAACUAUUCAAUAUAUGUUCGCUUAA